AUGAGCAUCACAGAUGUCCUUAGCGCUGACGACAUCGCAGCAGCCCUGCAGGAGUGCCAAGACCCAGAUACUUUCGAACCCCAAAAAUUCUUCCAGACAUCGGGCCUCUCCAAGAUGUCGGCCAGUCAGGUGAAGGAUGUUUUUCGGUUCAUAGACAAUGACCAGAGUGGAUAUCUGGAUGAAGAAGAGCUUAAGUUUUUCCUCCAGAAGUUCGAGAGUGGUGCUAGAGAGCUGACAGAGUCAGAAACCAAGUCUUUGAUGGCAGCUGCAGACAAUGAUGGUGAUGGGAAGAUUGGAGCUGACGAAUUCCAGGAAAUGGUGCAUUCUUAA